UGCGGCUCAAAUCGCCAUCUUGAAAUUGUCCCGACCAAAAGCGGCGAGGCGGCGGACUGGGGGAAAAGCACAGCCUUCCAAACGCAGGAGCCAGAUUAGUUCUGAUGAUUAAUAUGGUUUCCUGUGUUUGCACCCGUCAAAUGAUAGCGUCUUUUGGUUUCCUUUGGGGUUUUUUUCCCGUUGGGGGCGUGUGUUGGAGGGGUCUGCCUAAGCUGAGAGUCGGUCGCUGUUUGCCUUCUGGAGCGGACUAAUCUUCGACUGUGGCCUGGCCGCUUCGUCGGACAAUCGGACGGAAUUUAUCGUCGUCCGUUGCUGUUUUAUUAUUAAUCGACGCUGCCAAACACAUUCCCGUUGUGCUCCAGUGUUGGAAAAGAUCGCCGAUUUUGACGUUUUAAUGCAAUGCUACGGAGCUCACAGAGGACAAGUUCGGUAGCAGGACGGAGUGCGCUCGAUUUGUUGGAUGGAUAUUCCCUAUGUCCUGCUGUGCCACGGCAAAUCACUCUUUGGAGAUCAUUCCACGCUGCAACACGCUAAAUGUUUGCUGGAGCUGGCGUGAAUUCCAAAAAAGUCACCCUCCAUUGCUUUUUUCUGUAAACGUGGAAAUACCAACAAACCACCCGCCCCCCAUUCUCUGUCGGGGCAGCAACGCGAGUUCACCCGGGAUAUACUGGAUUUAUCUCCAUGUUGUUGUAAUGAUGCCCUUUUUACAGAAACGCUCCCUGGUUCAGUAAUCUGACUGUACCGCUUUCAGGAUUUUUUUUUUCGUUUUUAUACUCUUUAUUUUAUCCGAGGAUCGAAUUCGAAUGGAAAAUGGGAGACGCCACCAAACUGGCCCUCGCCGUUUUCCUCAUCUCCUGUUCUUCAGGUACAAUCCUGGGACGCUCCGAUACGCAGGAGUGCAGCUACUACAACUCCAGCUGGGAAAAGGAGCGCACCAACCGCAGCGGCAUUGAACCGUGUUAUGGCGAUAAAGACAAGCGGCGGCACUGCUUCGCCACGUGGAAGAAUACUUCCGGAACGGUGGAAGUGGUCAAGCAAGGCUGCUGGUUGGACGACAUCAACUGCUAUGACAGCAACGAGUGCGUGGAGAGGAAGGAGAAUCCCGAUGUUUUCUUCUGCUGCUGUGAAGGCAACAUGUGCAACGAACGCUUCCUGUACGCACCUGAUACUCCCCCACAGAGCGACACGCACCAGUCUACCGCCUACACCACAUCCAACCCAUUUUCCCAGAAGCCUCAGCUCUUCAGUACUCUGCUUUACUCCCUGGUUCCUAUCAUCGGAUUGGCCGCCGUUGUGCUCUUCUCCUUCUGGAUGUGGAGGCACCACAAGUUGGCUUAUCCUGCAGCCCUGGUUCCGACACACCACCCCUUUCACAUUAUGGUGGAGGAUCCCGGCCCGUCGCCGCCCUCUCCCAUCCUGGGACACAAGCCGCUGCAGCUGAUCGAGUUGAAGGCCAGGGGUCGCUUCGGCUGCGUGUGGAAGGCCCAGCUGCUGAGCGAAUACGUCGCCGUGAAGAUCUUUCCAAUUCAGGACAAGCUGUCGUGGCAGAACGAGUAUGAGAUUUACAGCGUGAGCGGCAUGAAGCACGAAAACAUCCUCCACUUCAUCGGCGUGGAGAAGAGGAACAACAACCUCGACUUGGAGCUGUGGCUCAUCACCACCUACCACGACAAGGGCUCGCUGACCGACUACCUGAAGGCCAACGUGGUUUCCUGGAACGAGCUGUGCCACAUCGCGCAGUCGGCCGCCCGCGGCCUGGCGUACCUCCACGAGGACAUCCCCGGACACAAAGACGGACACAAGCCCUCCAUCGCUCACAGGGACAUCAAGAGCAAAAACGUGCUCCUGAAGAAUAACCUCACGGCGUGCAUCGCUGACUUCGGCCUUGCGCUUAAAUUUGAGGCGGGAAAAUCGGCAGGGGACACGCAUGGACAAGUGGGAACGCGGCGGUACAUGGCACCCGAGGUACUGGAGGGCGCCAUCAACUUUCAGCGCGACUCCUUCCUGCGCAUCGACAUGUACGCGUUCGGCCUCGUUCUGUGGGAACUGGCGGCGCGAUGCACCGCCGCCGACGGCCCCGUGGACGAGUACAUGCUGCCAUUCGAGGAGGAGGUGGGCCAGCAUCCGUCUCUGGAGGACAUGCAGGAGGUGGUGGUCCACAAGAAACUGCGACCCUGCCUUCGAGACUGCUGGCAAAAACACACGGGUCUGACCGUGCUCUGUGAAACCAUCGAGGACUGCUGGGACCACGAGGCGGAGGCGCGUCUCUCUGCCGGCUGCGUGGAGGAGCGCAUCGGCCAGAUGCAGCGGCAGGCCCCCGUCAUCGGACCCGAGGAGAUCGUCACCGUCGUCACCAUGGUCACCAACGUGGACCUCCCGCCUAAGGAGUCCAGCUUAUGAUCAGCCAAUCGAGCGCAAACCAGAUCAGAUCAUUAGCCAACCCUGGUCGGUUGGCGUUCUAUCUUUUUCAUUCGGUUUUUUUUUUUGUGUUUUUUUUAUUAUUUUUUUUUUUUUUCUGAAACUACCGGCAGCCACUUGCGCUCAGGACAUACCAUGUGACCACCUCACCGCAACGGAGGAUCUCCGCCUCAUGCCUGAGGAUUUGAACCGUUCUGGAUAUUUAGCACGGAGCGAGUGACGGUGCCACGGCGGGAAUCGACCUAAUGUUUUUAUACACCAAGCUGCUCUACGCGGUCCUCUACAGCCACACAACAUGGAUUUCACCAAACUCUCAGUGCAUUUAAAACAUAUAUAUAUAUAUAUGUGUGUGUGUGUGUGUACUACACACACACACAAAUAUAUAUAUAUAUAAGCACAUUUGCUUAUUUUUUUUUUUUAUUUUGUGUGCGUGUUUUUAUUUUUGAAGAAUUAACUAACAUUCUGCCAAUAAGCAUCGGCUUUUGAAUGUUCCGAGUAUAACGCUGCUGUACAUAGUGUAUUAUGGACCCAAUCCAUUUUAUUUUAAAGGGGAGGGGCGAAGAGAGGGGGGCGGGGCUGAUUCAUUUUCAAGCAUUACCGACGGUUAAAAAAAAACAACAACAAAAAAAAACAAAAAACAUAGACCUCCUUCAACCGGGUAUACCUCAGUUCCCCUCACUGUUCCCACGUUCUGCUUGCCCCCCCCCCCCCCCCCCACCCCCAAACUCCCGUUAAGUGUCAUUAUAUGGAAGCAUAACCCCAGGUGCUCAUGGGUAACGGGAGUCCAUGAUCAGUUGAGCCAUGUUAGCUUUUGCUACGCAAGACUUUAAAUAAGCCCGACUGAUGCGUUUUAUUUUGAAAGGUUUCAGGUUGGGGGAAGUGCUUUUUUUUUUUUUUUUUUUUUUUUUUUUUUUUUUUUUUGAGAUCCCGUUUUUUGGAAUCCCGUGUGUGACGCUUGCACAUAUCUUAUUUGACUACUAUCAAGGAUUUUCACUCUCACUUUUGUACGCCUCAGGAAUCUUUGCUGACCAUCCUCGUCACUGUCGCCCCCUUCUCAGGCCCCCCCCCCCCCCAGGAUGACAUCUUCGUCUCGCCUCGUUUCGAUACUAAUCCCGGGCAGUUAAGUCACACGACUUCCUGUCCUUGUUUUUUUUUUUUUUUUAUAUAAAUUCAGGUUCUGGUUCUGAUCGCUGUGUUGACACGCAGCUCAGGUUCGAUUCCCACAAAACAAAACUGCCAGUCAUGUGCUGCUUCCUGUCCCCACCCGUCACCCCCAACCCCUCCUGUCACGCGGUUCAAAGGAAACCGCAUCUCGUCUGUGCCGCCAUCAGACCAGAGCAGACAGGGGGGGAGGGGGGGCAUGUUUGAUUCCGGUGCCAUUCCUUCCACCAUCGGCCCCCUCUUGUAGAUGUCUGGCCAAACGGAUGUAUAUCUGUCGCACAACGGGGCGACGCUUUUGUUUUGAAAGGUUUAUUUCCUCCGAGGGACGUCGAACAACUGCUAGUCUCUCCUCGAGCUUUGGGGUCGCUUUCUCUCGAUGCAGUUUCAAAUUGGCAGCUGGACGUUGGAGGAUCGAUGAAUUGAAAAUAGUUCGCUUUUCGUUAAUUCGUUCCGGAAUUUUUAAGACCAAAACCGAAAAUCUACGAAAACAAGAACAAAAAUUGUAUUUUUACACGCAGAAGACGAGCUGCUAAGGAGUUGUAAACUGGGACGUUCACAAACCAAGGUUUGACUGUAAUGCAAAAACAUUUGAUUUCAACGUAACGUCAACAAUAUCAACAAACAUCUAUUUUAUAGACAAUAAUUCUAGUUUUACAAACGGUAAACUACUAAUUCCCGAAACUGUCUGAAAACCGGGGCAAGAAUCCUAAGUUGUAAACUGGGACGUUCACAAACCAAGGUUUGACUGUAAUGCAAAUCAAAUUAAUUUGUUACAGACAUCCAAAUAUGUUGCUACAAUGAAACCACUGUAGACAAACAAAAAUAUUAAAACGCACAUUUUGAAGAGAAUAACUUUACAUGCAGAAAAUUCACUAACCAAGACAGUGUAUGAAAACCAGGGCAAAACCUUUUGUCAAAAAUUUGGGUAUUAGGAAACCAACGUUUGACUUCAACGUAACGUAAACAAUAUCAACAAACAUCUAAUUUCUAGACAAUAAUUCUAGUUUUACAAACGGUAAAACUGUCUGAAAACCGGGGCAAAAAUCUUACGUUGUAAACUGGGACGUUCACAAACCAAGGUUUGACUGUAAUGCAAAUCAAAUUGAUUUGUUGCAGACAUCCAAAUAUGUUGCCACAAUGAAACCGUUGUAGACACACAAAAAUAUGAAAACACAUUUUGAAGAGAAUAACUUUACAUGCAGAAAAUUCACUAACCAAGACAGUGUAUGAAAACCAGGGCAAAACCUUUUGUCAAAAAUAUCGGCAUUAAGAAACCAACGUUUGAUUUCAACGUAACGUAAACAAUAAUUCUAGUUAUACAAACGGUAAACUACUACUUCACCGACACUGUCUGAAAACCGGGGCAACAAUCUCAAGUUGUAAACCGGGAUGUUCACAAACUAAGGUUUGACUGUAAUGCAAGUUAAUUUGAUGAAAUUGAUUUGUUGCAGACACCCAAAUAUGUUGCCAAAAUGAAACCGUUGUAGACUUUACAUGCAGAAAGUUCACUAACCGAGACAGUGUAUGAAAACCAGGGCAAAACCUUUUGUCGAAAAUUUGGGCAUUAGGAAACCAACGUUUGACUUCAACAUAACGUAAACAAUAUCAACAAACAUCUAAUUUAUAGAUAAUAAUUCUAGUUUUACAAACGGUAAACUACUACUUCACUGAAACUGUCUGAAAACCGGGGCAAAAAUCUUAAGUUGUAAACUGGGACGUUCACAAACCAAGGUUUGACUGUCAUGCAAAUUAAAUAAAUUUUUUGCAGACAUCCAAAUAUGUUGCCACAAUGAAACCAUUGUAGACACACAAAAAUAUUAAAAAACACAUUUUGAAGAGAAUAACUUUACAUGCAGAAAAUUCACUAACCAAGACAGUGUAUGAAAACCAGGGCAAAAUCUUUUGUCGAAAAUUUGGCCAUCAGGAAACUAACGUUUGACUUCAACAUAACGUAAACAAUAUCAACAAACACCUAUUUUAUAGACAAUAAUUCUAGUUUUACAAACGGUAAAACUGUCUGAAAACCGGGGCAAAAAUCUCAAGUUGUAAACUGGGACGUUCACAAACCAAGGUUUGACUGUAAUGCAAGUUGAUUUGAUCAAAUUGAUUUGUUGCAGACAUCCAAAUAUGUUGCCACAAUGAAACCAUUGUAGACACACAAAAAUAUUAAAACACACAUUUUGAAAAGAAUAACUUUACAUGCAGAAAAUUCACUAACCAAGACAGUGUAUGAAAACCAGGGCAAAACCUUUUGUCAAAAAUAUCGGCAUUAAGAAACCAACGUUUGAUUUCAACGUAACGUAAACAAUAAUUCUAGUUUUACAAACGGUAAACUACUACUUCACCGACACUGUCUGAAAACCGGGGCAAAAAUCUUAAGUUGUAAACCGGGACGUUCACAAACCAAGGUUUGACUGUAAUGCAAGUUGAUUUGAUCAAAUUAAUUUGUUGCAGACAUCCAAAUAUGUUGCCACAAUGAAACCGUUGUAGACACACAAAAAUAUUAAAAAACACAUUUUGAAGAGAAUAACAACAUGCAGAAAAUUCACUAACCGAGACAGUGUAUGAAAACCAGGGCAAAACCUUUUGUCGAAAAUUUGGGCAUCAGGAAACUAACGUUUGAUUUCAACAUAACGUAAACAAUAUCAACAAACAUCUAAUUAAUAAAAUAAAUAAAUAAUAAAAAAAUUAAAAAAUCUUAAGUUGUAAACCGGGACGUUCACAAACCAAGGUUUGACUGUAAUGCAAAUCAAAUUAAUUUGUUGCAGACAUCCAAAUAUUUUGCCAAAAUUGCUGGUUUUACACGCAGAAACCGAACUACAAAGUAACUAUGACGGUGUAGCAAAAGGGGCAAAAAUAUUUAGGCAAAAACCGGGGAAUCCUUAAACCAAGGUAUCAUUACAAUUUCAAUCCGUUACAAACACCCAAAAAUAAAAAUAUGUCGACAUGUAGAAUGAUAUUAAAUGAAAUUCCUUUGUGAUGUCGCAGAGGGUCGGACUUCCUUAUAUGGUUCAUAGUUAGGAAGCACUUUGCUCAUGUGACCAAUCGGAGCAGAGUGGGCGUGCCCGAGGCGGGUCGUGGCUGGAAUACAUUAAAACCGUCUUGGCAGCAAGCACAAAUCGAGGGAAACUCAGCUGGAAUCGGUGCAGAUUCUCCAAAAUCUAAAAGGUUUUCGGUGCGGGUUAUUGUGUGUCGCUGCUCUAUAGGAGUCCACAACUCAAUACAAUGAAAUUAGCACAAUAGGUCCUCUUUGAAUCGAAAACUGGGGUGUUCAGAAACCAAAGUUUGACUCUAAUGUAAAUAACUUAAUUUUUCCAAACAAUAAUUUUAGUUUUACUUGCAGAAAACAAACUCUAACCAAGACGGCGUCUGAAAACCAGGUCAAAGUUGUAAACUGGGGCAUUCGGCAACCAAGAUUUCACUUUCACUUACUCAUGUAAGUUCAAUGUAUUUGUUUUAUACACCCAAAAUUGACAAAAAAAAAUAAAAUUUGAAGAGAAUUACAUUUAUAAGUCAUCGAGACGGUGUAAAAAACCGGGACAAGAUCUUUGGUCAAAAACUGGUUUCGCUCAGUUUGCUCUUGAAAUUUAGUAGUUCCUCACCCGGGCACUUGGACCUUUCUUCGGCCAACUCGAUUUAGAUUAUGUAUAUAUAUUUUGAUUUUAUAUAUAUAUAUAUAUAUAUAUAUAUAUAUAUAUAUAUAUAUUAAAAAAACAGAAAAAAUAAGAAUAAAAAUAGAAUAAAAAUAUUAUUUAUUAAUUAAUUAAUUUUUAUUAAAUAAUUUUUUAUUUAUUAAAUUAUUAAAUAAAUGUUUAAUGUUAAUUUGUAUUUUUCGACACAAAAUAAGAUGGAAAAAUAAAUAAGCAAAUCAAAAAACAAAUGAAACAAAUUAACAAAUUAUUUUUCAUUUAUUAUUAAAUUAUUAAAUAAAUGUUUAAUGUUAAUUUGUAUUUUUCGACACAAAAUAAGAUGGAAAAAUAAAUAAGCAAAUCAAAAAACAAAUGAAACAAAUGAACUAAUUAAUUUUUAGUUAUUAUUAAAUUAUUGAAUAAAUGUUUAAUGUUAAUUUUUAUUUUUCGACACAAAAUAAGAUGGAAAAAUAAAUAAGCAAAUCAAAAAACAAAUGAAACAAAUUAGCAAAUUAUUUUUUAUUUAUCAUUAAAUAAUUAAAUGUUUAAUGUUAAUUUUUCAUAUUUCGGCACAAAAUAAGAUGGAAAAAUAAAUAAGCAAAUCAAAAAACAAAUGAAACAAAUUAGCAAAUUAUUUUUUAUUUCUUAUUAAAUUAUUAAAUUAAUGUUCAAUGUUAAUUUUUUCGACACAAAAUAAGAUGGAAAAAUAAAUAAGCAAAUCAAAAAACAAAUGAAACAAAUUAGCAAAUUAUUUUGUAUUUAUUAUUAAAUAAUUAAGUAAAUGUUUAAUGUUAAUUUUUCGACACAAAAUAAAAUGAAAAAAUAAAUAAACAAAUGAAACAAAUUAAAUUAAAUUUUCAUAUCAAGGCAGGGGGCCUCAAACUAGUGUCCCGCGGGCCGCAUUUGGCCUACGGUCCGUGAGUUUGAGACCCCUGGUUUAGACGCUCGAUCUGUCGGAAUGAUGCGGUACAGUGCAGACAAACCGGGUUUUUCUGCGUUUUUUCGAACGCAACAAAGUCGGCCUAAAGGAAGUCCAAGCCAUGAUUGUACGCGACCUUUGCACCGAUUGGCUCGUGCUUUUCUGCUCUUCAACAGGCGCUACCUCAACCGGCGGGGAUUUCAGAAUAAGAGGGAGGAAGUGUGGCAAACAUACCAAAAUAAAAGCCCUCCGCUUUUCAAAGUCAGUGUUCCCCAAUUUGUGGCGCGUUUCGGUUUAUUUCAGCGUGAAUUUGAAACUGCAUUGUUGAAACGGUUCCCAAAGCGCUAAAAAAAAAAAAAAAAAAAACACGAUUCAGGGAUUCAGUACUAUGCUUUUCUACAUUCUGGCAAGUUUUAUGCAAACCGGUGCCGCAAACGACUCAACACUGCAGGAGUGACUUUUCCGAACAAACGCUAAUAACUUGUAGCAUUGUCGAUUUUAUUUUUUUUUCUUUGUAAUCCUUGCAUAUUUGAUGUGUUCUAUUUAUUUUUUGGACUUUUACAGGCCUGAGGUUCCGGGGGCUCAUAGCUCACUUGCGAGAGUCCACAUGAAAUGGGGCGGGAGUUGGGUGUAAUAUUCAGGAAGUACUUUACUCGAUUCAUUUACCAAAAGAUGCAAACUGCGUCUUUCUCUACUUAGACCGCUGAUGAAUGUUCUGGGUUCUAGCAUGACGUUCUUUCAGAGGUCGUGGAAUUGUGCUCGGUUCUCGGUUCUCGUAGGUAGAUAUGAAAAGGAUCUACAUGUAUUCAUACACCCCCCACAAUGAGUGAGUCCCCGACCAGAAUGGACGCUUGCUUAGCAUAAGUUCCUCAAACCGCAGGAAGACCGAAAACCGUAGGAGACAAUCUUCCGUGGAACUUUUCAACGGGAUACGGAAUGGAUUUGAACAUUUUUCUACCCCGAGGUCCUCCAAGGCUUCCAUUUGCUCUUCAUACAAAAUACCUGUCAAUCACUUGUGUCUCUGUACUCUAUUUGAACGAGUCUCGCUCGGACCCAGUCCAGACCCGAGAACGUAUUCGAUGGACUACAAGUAUACGUAUAUACUCUUGCGCUGAAUCCUUUAUACGUGCGUGUGAAAAUCAGUGUUUCCUAUACAUUCAUUUAUACUUCUUGUGUUCUUUGGUUCCUGCAGUCCGUCAACGGUUGAGAUUUGCGAGCUUGAACGCUCCAGGUUCAUCCCAGAAAGCACUUAAAGGGGCGGCGUUCCCCGGAUUCCCCCCCUUCUUUGUCACAAUCGCAAUACUCUCGAUGUGGUCAUGGUCAUGAAAUCAUCCCGCUUUUCCUCGCUGUCGUUGAGAAUCCCAAAACCAAGGUCUGUUUGGUUGCCAGAUCUACAUAAAAAAAAAGCAGACACUACAGGUUUAUGAUCCCAUUUUUCCUAAGGAAGUGCGGCGCUGAUCCAGCACGUGAAUGGGAAAAAGGUUCCUGGUUCCCCUUUAAAAAAAUUUUAAAAAAUACAAAUUUUGAUGCCCUUUUUUUUUUUUUUUUUUUUUGUCAAGGAUUUUGAUGAAAAAAUUUUUAAAUGUUGGCAUUCUGUGACAAACUAAGUGAUCCGGAGUCUUGGAACCUUUGUCCCAAAAGAGACUGAAUGCUUUGGGAUCAGCGCCGUCACUCUGCUUGUGUGAGCCGGCGGAGGUUUUUAAUCAGUUGAAGUGAUCCACUUGAUGUAAAUAAAUGUUUUUAGAUUGUGA